AUGAAGGCCGUCGUUUUUGACGGCCUGUACAAGAUCUCGGUCCAGGAUCGACCUGUACCCCAGAUUCGUGAUGGCAGAGAUAUCAUUGUCAAAGUUCAUGCCGCGGGAUUGUGCGGAUCCGAGCUUCACAUUUAUCGUGGCCACCAGCCGUCGGACACCGGGUUCAUCAUGGGCCAUGAGUUUACUGGGACAGUUGUUCAAGUUGGUUCAGAUGUGAAAACCAUCAACAUCGGUGACAAGGUCGUCGCCCCGUUCACAGCUUCUUGUGGUAAUUGCUUCUUCUGUAAUAACGGAUGCUCCGCCCGUUGUGUCGAGAGCCAGCUGUUUGGCUGUGAAACACUUGACGGGGGACAGGCUGAAUACGUCCGAAUUCCCAUGGCCGACGGGACUGCUGUCAAGGCUCCCGAAACUAUAUCAGACGAAGCUCUCUUACUCAUGGCGGACAUCUUCCCCACUGGAUUUUACGGUGUCAAGAGUGCUAUGGAGCUUGUGCCUUCGCAGAACAUCCAGGAAGCUACGAUGGUCGUUGUAGGCUGUGGCCCUGUUGGGCUCUGCGCCAUCUUGGCAGCCACUCAUUUCAAGCCUCGUUACCUCUUUGCGAUCGAUAGUGUUGACAGCCGCCUGGAGCAAGCUCGCAAACUUGGCGCAGAGCCUCUCAAUUUCGAGACUGACAGAGCAGGACUUGAAGCCAGAAUACGGGAGGUAACAGAAGGUCGAGGCGCUGACAUGGUCGUUGAAGUUGUUGGACAAGCACCAGCUCUGAGAACAGCUUUUGAUAUUGUGCGACCAUUUGGAGCCAUCAGCAGCAUCGGUGUCCACAACAAGGAGAUUCCAUGGACAGGCGACGACGCAUAUACGAAAAACAUUCGGUUACAAAUGGGUCGCUGUCCAGUACGCAGCGUUUUCAACGAAGCUCUCCAUUUGCUGGAGCAGAAGCAGGAUAAGAUCGGGCAAUUUCUUGUUUGA